AUGAGUGCUGUGGAAAUCGAUGAGGAAAUCGCAGUGGCGAGGUGUCUCGACCCGGAAUUGAACAUGUCGAAGCUAACUGAGAAAAAAUGGUAUAAAUUGGCAAGUGUGUGUCUGCAUCGUGGAGACAAAGCUGAUUUCGGGCAUUAUGUAGCUGCCUAUCGCGAAGAAGGUGUGAAAGAGUGGGUGUUGUGCAACGAUUCGAAGGUUGUUCUGGCUGCAGAUGCUCCGAUUUCGGAAUGCUACCUUGCAUUCUAUGAGAAAAAGUUGUGA